AUGGGCUGCAUACACUUUAAAGUUAAACCAAAUGCGUCGGAAAAAUCCAAAUCAAAUUUAUUACAUACGAAUACUGUUCAAGAUAUAUCAGGUGACUUAAACAUAUCAAAAACAUCUUCGAUAGUCGUUUAUAGAAAUCCAUCGUUUAUACCAAGAAAAUCAAUUGUUUCAUCAAUCAUUUCAAAUAAAUCAGAAGAUUUAACACCACGUGUAGAAUCUGUCAUAUCAACUGUAUCAAAUGGUUCUCAAAAUAAUAUUAAUAAAGAAACUUCAAUCGAUCCGAAAGAACCUCGAAUAUCUAAAGAAAACAUUUCGAAUAUUCCUCCCGUAGAUAUCAAUAUUCCCGUUACAUCGAAUGAAUCACAUCGAAUUUAUCAUCCUAUCAAUUCACCAUCAAAUCGCUCAGAUACUGUAGUAUAUCGUCAUAAUGCUAACGAUCAAUUUUUAUCUGCUAGAGCAAACAAAUUCAAUACAUCUCCAGAAUCAAUACAUAACAAUAAUUAUAUCGAAUCAGAUACGUCUUUUCCUACUCAUAAUAGCAUUAUCAGUACAAUAUCGGCCGACUCUGAAGGAUCGGUAGUAUCUCAAAUAGAACACAAAAAAGGUAUAUUCGUUCGUCCGAAACAAGCAAAUGUUCAACAAAAACCUUCUAGCGAAUCAGAUGAGUCCGAACUACAACAUGAAAAACGUGAUAAUUCAGCAGUCGUAGAUGUAACAGCGAUGACAGAACAUCUGGUGACAGUUAUGAGAAGGACAUCUACUAAGUUAAACACCUCAGAUUUUUAUCAUAGUGGAUCUCUUAGUGAAACAGAAAGUGGUACGGAUGAAGUUUAG